GGCGGAGAGAAAACCUGGAUCUACAGAGCUUCUGCUGAAAAAAUCAAGAUGAAGACGUUUCUGUUGCUGUAUCUGUGCCUUUAUGUCACCUGGGCUCAGGAUGUCUUCGAAUACGACGACUAUGAUUUGGGUUCCAAGCAGCCAGCCAAAAACAACACAAGCACAGGAGCAGCUGUAGAUGCCCGAGGUCAUCGGCCGCUGAGCAGAGGCAGAGAAACGUUCGGCGGAAACAGAUUCGCCCCUCCGCCAAUCAGCGGAGGCAGCAGGUACCGAGGUCGCCCCACCCCAGCUCCAGCCAGAGGCAGCCAGGAGGCAGAGAAAGAGGUGCAGCCCGAUGCGGGAGGGUGUACUCACGCUUCAGAGGCAAUGGGUGUUUUGUGUCCUACUGGCUGCGAACUGAAGAGUGCACUGCAGAAGCAAGAGAGGAACGUUAAAACGACAAUUUCAGACUUGAAGCCUCAGAUCAGGGAGUUGACUGGCUCGUCCAACAACGUGUACAACUACGUCAAUAGCAUCUUCUCCUCUCUGCGGGAGAGACAGCGGGUCACUAGUAACAACAACCAGGUGGCAGGUCAGUACACUGAUCAAAUAGAGGAACAACACGCUUACAUCAAAGAGACCGUUGACACCGUUUUCCCCUCCAACAUUAGAGUACUGCAGGGGGUCCUGGAGAAGCUCAGGCUGAAGAUCCAGAAGCUUGAGAAGGCUGUGUUGGCCCAGACAGAAGGCUGCAGAGAUCCGUGCAUCACCACCUGUCCGAUACCUGUGGUUUCUGGUAAGGAGUGUGAGGAGAUCUACCGGCGUGGAGGACGUGACUCCCAGAUGUACAUUAUACAUCCUGAUCCAUUGUUUCCACCAUACAAGGUCUUCUGUGAUCAGACCACUCAAAAUGGAGGAUGGGUCCUUAUCCAGAACAGGCUUGAUGGCAGUGUGGACUUUGGCCGCCGUUGGGAUGAAUAUCGCCGUGGUUUCGGAAACAUCGCCUUUCAGUCCAGCAAACGUUUCUGCGAGGUUCCUGGUGAGUACUGGCUGGGAAAUGAUCACAUCAGCCAGCUGACCAAGAUGGGCCCCACUGAGGUUCUUAUUGAGAUGGAGGACUGGAAAGGAGACAGGGUCCAUGCCCAAUAUCAGCAGUUCACCAUCCAGUCGGAGACGUCUAACUAUAUUAUGGCUGUCGACGGUUACUCCGGUAAUGCUGGAAACUGUUUCCUGGAAGGAGCUCUGGCGCUCUAUGGCGAAAACCGCACCAUGACCAUUCACAACGGCAUGAUGUUCAGCACUUUCGACAGAGACAAUGACAACUGGACCCCUGGUGAUCCCAGCAAGCAGUGCUCCAGGGAGGAUGGAGGUGGUUGGUGGUACAACCGCUGCCACUCAGCCAAUCCUAACGGUCGAUAUUACAUAGGUGGAUCCUACACCCCACAGAUGGCAAAGCACGGCACAGACGACGGCGUGGUGUGGAUGAACUGGAAGGGGAGCUGGUAUUCGCUGAAGGCCAUCAGCAUGAAGAUAAGACCUUACUUUGCCUCCAGAUAGUCAUGCGAAAGGGGCUGACACAUGCAACUCAAACAGGACGUUGUUACCCAUGGAGAGAAGUAUGGAAAAGCCUGUUUGUUGAGGAACACAAGCAUAUUUAAAAACACUUUACAUGACGUAAGAAUAAAAACUGCCUGGAAAGGAACUAAACAGAGAAAAAGUUUUAUUUUGAAAUUUUUAUAAGGGUGAGAAAUUGGCAAAAUCUGAUCUGUGCAAACAACAUAUGCUGUGACUCAACUUGCUGUGUGAGACCUUUGUGUGCUUUAAAGGAACAGACAAUGAAACUGUCCUCUGCUACUCAAUAAACAC